AUGGCGCACAAUCACUCUGCUGACUCCUCGGAUGACGAUGAAGCGCCAGAAACGCUGACUCUCACAGAGAGUAAAGGCGCAUUCAGGAAAAGGAAUGCGGAGAUACGAGAGGUCGAAGAAGCGAGGAAAAAGAUGAGAAAGGACAAGAGGCGGGAGAGGGAGAGGAUAUUAAAAGAGAGGAAACAGCAGAGGGAAAGGGAAGAGCUCAAGGCAGUCAAGAGUAGAAGAGUCAGUGACAAUGCUGAGGAAGAAGAGGACGACGGCGGAGAGGGAGAUGAAGAAGAGGAUGGAGAAAACGACGUCGAAAAGCGGAUGCUUCGCGCUAUGCAGCAGGCUGAGGAAGAAGAGGAAGAAGAGGAAAGCGGAAAUGAGGUUGACAGUGUGGAGGAGGGAGAAUCUGUUGACGAAGAUGUUGACGAAGACGAUAUCGACGCUGAGACGAGGGAAGAUGUUGACGAAGACGAAGACGACAAAGAGAUGGUAGUCGAUGAGGAUGACGACGGCGGUCACGAAGACGAACACGAGGAGGGCUCUGACGCAGAAAUGUUCUCCGUCGAUUCGUCACCUCCCAGAUCCAAAUCCAAGUCUACCUUAAAUGCAAAAUCCUCGAUGCCGAAACUGAAAACGAACCACCUCCCAGACUAUCUCUUCGCUUCUGCCUUCAGCAGCGGCAGCCAAAAAAACCAGUCGAAAAAUAACAACCUGUCUUUUACCGGAUUAUCUACCACUAAAAAACUCCAAGAAAAGAAAACCCGACGAAGAAAACGUUCGGGUGGCAUUGCGAGGGAUCAUAUUAUUGGUUCCCGCCUGUUUCGAACCCUACCCAAACCCGACACUGCCCCACGAGCAUCUGCGGCCAUGGUCCCGUCCUCAAAAGUCAACAAAUUUCUCGACCGAAGUCUUUCGUUGAAGGGAGACAAGAAGGCCAAGAUGAGAGGAUGGGAACGGAGAGCGGCUAACAUAGGUAGUUUGCGUCGUCAAGGUCCCGCUGCUCAUUUUGUGAGAGGUGCAUCAUACAUUGCCUAG